AUGCGAGCAAAAGUGUUUGGAAAAAGUCUGGCUGCUAUGUAUGCACGGCCUCCUGUGACGUGCUACACAGAUGCUUGUGAGGCUCCAGUAGCAAUGUGGAAUGGUGCCAUUCCUCUUAAAGAAGUUCGUACAAUGCAAAAGGGUGUACCUGUACGCUCUGUUGUGAAGAGUUAUUCUCAUCCACAAGAAAUAAUGCCAACACGACUCACGUUUAAUGACAUUAAUUCUAUGUAUUGUAUUGGAAAUGAUGAUCUCAUACGAUUUUUCCCAGAAGGAUUAGGUGGGAAAGUUAUGCAGAUGAUGCCUCCAGGGCAUCCUAGAGGUUUUUUGUAUCGUAAGGAAGCUCAUUUACUUAAUUUAUUUAUUGAAAAAGUGGAACAUUGGCAAACGAAACGCUCUGUUUUAAGUUCACUUACAAAUAAUAGACCAGGAUUUAUUGUGGAUGGACAAACUGGAUGUGGAAAAAGUGCACUUAUGUGUCAAGUAGUCCAUUACGCACGAUCUAGAAAUUUACUCACAUUAUAUGUGCCAGAUGCGAAGACAUGGACUCACGGGGAAUGGUGUUGGCCUAGUACGAUAUUACCCGGUUUUUUUGAUGCCCCAGAUGCCGCAAGGUCUUUUCUUCAGUACUUUGCACUUGCCAAUCGAAACCUUCUCACAUCUUGGCGAUUGAAGUGUACACCUAAAGAUCUUCCAGUGGAACAGGGAGAACGACAACCACAAAAUUUAUAUGAACUUUGUGAAUGGGGUCAUCGUGCUGUUGCUCCAGCUUCUAUUGAUCGUCAAAGUGUUUGCAUCAAGUUCCUUAUGGACGAAAUUAGUGCGGAAAAAAAUCUUCCUAUUAUUAUAGUUGUUGAUGGAUGGAAUUUGUUUUCACAUGAGACUCAUUUUCGUUAUCCACAUCCUGAUUUUCUUCGAACGCUUGCAUCUUUAAACGAUGGUUCAACUGAUGUCGAUCUUUAUCCUCAAGAACUUCCUCGUAUCCCCGCCUCUCGUCUAAGUUUCGUCCGUGGUCUUAAUAAGAUGGUUCUUUCCAAAGAUGAGCCGAAUAAAUUCUUUAUUACAUGUACUACUAGGGAUUUUAAACCCUUUGAUGGUAUUAGUGGAUUUCCAGAUGUUGAAACGGAUAAAUAUGCAAACAGUCUAGAUGAAUAUGCACCGUAUGAUGCGGAAAAAGAUUCCUUUUUUCAUCCAAUUAAACUUGGUAAUUUUGAUGAAUACGAACUCCGAUCCUUUGUACGUUUUAUUGUGAAUUCUGGAGAGUUGGCAGGUCUUGGUUGGGGACCACUCUGGCAUGCAUCAAGUGAUUUUGAACGUAAAUUAUACAAGAUAGGAUUUCUUUCAGACCGUAAUCCUCAGGGAGUAAUUGAUCACUAUCAUCAAGAGUUGGUAUGGCGUUGUGAGUACAAACGAACACGCCAGAAGCAGUUUCUACUGCGUCGUAAUGUAGGACAAGCUGGACGCUUGAGAUCGAAGAGUAGCACUAGAUAA